UGGCUGCAGUAUUAGUGCGCUGCGAGCAACCGGCGGCUACACACCUGGCCACGCAACCAACCAACCAACCAGCCCACACAAUCAGCAUACCCACCACCGGCGGACCAGCUGAGCAGAGCUUGAGGAGUUUGAAGACCCUUGACGAAGUUUCUUGGCCCUUAAUGCCCGAGUAGAUUGAUCAUACGCCCCGUACACACAGACACACGCACACAAUCACGCAAAAUGACCGACCUGGAGUCAAUGAAAGCCGACAAGCACAAUGGCCAUCAUUCGUAUCACAACAACCAUGACCUGGUGGAGAGCGAGCCACUCACCUGGAGAUUCUGGCGCAAGCAGCGCUACAUUGUGGUGCUGAUGGCCUUCUUUGGCUUCUUCAAUGUCUACUCGCUGCGCGUGAAUCUGUCCGUGGCCAUUGUGGCCAUGACGGAGAAUCGCACUGUCCACGAUGCCGAUGGCAAUAUAUCGUACGAGCAGGACUUUCCCUGGGACUCCAAGCAGAGGGGCCUGAUAUUGAGCUCCUUCUUCUAUGGCUACAUCUUCACACAGUUCCUGGGCGGCUACAUAGGCACCAAAGUUGGCGGCAAUCUCGUCUUCGGCUUGGGCAUUGGCACAACGGCCAUCCUCACUCUGCUCACCCCGCUAGCGGCACGGCACAGUCUCGAAAUGUUUUUGGCCGUGCGCAUUAUCGAGGGCGUGUUCGAGGGCGUCACAUUUCCGGGCAUACACGCCGUAUGGGCCAGGUGGUCGCCACCGUUGGAGCGCUCUCGCAUGGCGUCAAUUGCAUUUGCGGGCAAUUACGCCGGAACGGUAAUUGCGAUGCCAUCGUCUGGUAUGUUGGCCUCCCGUUACGGCUGGCCUAGUGUUUUCUAUGUGUUCGGAACUAUUGGUGUCAUCUGGUUGAUUCUGUGGCUCCUGAUUGUGCGCGCGGGACCCGAGAAGGAUCGCUUCUGCUCGAAGGAAGAGUGCGAGUACAUACAGAAAUCGAUUGGCUAUACGGGCCCCCAGACGAUCAAGCACCCAUGGAAAGCAAUCUUCACAUCCAUGGCUUUCUAUGCAAUCAUUGCCUCGCACUUCUCCGAGAACUGGGGCUUCUACACCUUGCUCACUCAGCUGCCCAGCUUCCUUAAGGAUACGCUUAACUUUGAUCUGGGCAAAACGGGCUUCCUUUCGGCUGUACCCUACCUGGCUAUGGGCAUACUGCUGGCCGUCUCUGGCUAUCUGGCCGAUUGGAUGCAGGUGAAGGGCAUCUGGACAACAACACAAGUGCGCCGUAACUUCAACUGCGGCGCUUUCCUGGCUCAGACGGUCUUCAUGAUGCUCACGGCUUACAUUAUGGAUCCCACUUGGUCGGUGAUAUUCAUUACAAUUGCUGUCGGCCUGGGCGCCUUUGCCUGGUCUGGAUUCGCUGUCAAUCACUUGGAUAUCGCGCCGCAGCACGCCAGUGUGCUGAUGGGCAUCGGCAACACAUUCGCCACGAUUCCCGGCAUCGUCAGUCCGCUGCUGACCGGGUACAUUGUGGGCGAUAGCGGAGACCGUUAUGAAUGGCGCCUGGUGUUCUUUAUCUCGGCUGGCAUUUAUCUUGUUGGCUGCGUCAUCUACUGGUUCUACGCGUCCGGCGAGCUGCAGGAGUGGGCCAAGUCACCGGAGCAGAAGGCUGCCGAGGCCGAAGAGAAGCAACUGCAGCUGACACAAACAACUGGUUUCAUUAACACGGCGGCCGACCUAAAGGAGUAGUGCACACCCCCCUCCUACCCGAGCUCAGCCCAGCCCAGCCCAACCAGCACAAUCGAUGUGUUCAACUCGUAGCGCAGCUGCAGCCAAUAGCAAAGACACAUUUUAGCUUAGUUUAUACUCGUAUUCAUUCACAGUACCAUAUUGUAUGCCUUAGAAUUUCUUCUUUGUUAUGUGAUGCCAGCCAGCAAUGGGAUGUUGUUCAUGUUGGCCCAUUGACUAUUUUUAGAACUCUUUGUGCACUCGUAGCGAGUGCAUUUGCGAAUAAACAGCGUAUAUAUAUAUAUUACUCAA